CAGAGCUUUAACAAACCGUGUGUGCUAAGGACAGGAUUGCCUUCAAGAGACAACAGCUUUAACUCCAGGGAUCAAGGAUGUCAGAGGACAUGAACCUUUCCUUCUCCAUCGAUGACUUGGACUGGUCAGAUUUUGAGAACACAUCUGCAUCAUAUGACUCUACCUUCAUUCUUGACCCCAAAACAAUCACCUGCCAACCACUGCAGAUCAAGCAAUCAGUGAACUCUGUCAUUUGCGUCAUCUAUGCCCUAAUCUUCCUGCUUGCAGUGCCAGGGAACAUCAUAGUAGGGAUCGUGAUUGGGUGGAACCACCGUUCACUCUCCCCCUCUGACAUCUACCUGUUAAACUUAGCGGUGUCCGACACUCUCUUCGCUGUCACCAUCCCCUUUUGGGCGGUCAGUACUGUCCAUGAAUGGAUUUUUGGAGACGUGUUAUGUAAAGUUGUCAGCCUGGUCCAGGAGGUCAACUUCUACAGCAGCAUCCUGUUUCUAGCUGUCAUCAGUGUUGACCGCUACCUUGCCAUUGUCCGAGCAGUCCAGAUGCGGAAGCAGAGACAGCCAUUUUACAGCUGGCUUGCCUGUGCUUCUGUCUGGAUUGUGGGAGCACUGCUAUCCCUGCCAGUUCUCUUUCACUCAGCCUUUAAGCCAUCCAACUCAAAGAAGACAGUGUGCUACGAGGAGUAUGACCCGGAAACUGCUGCAGAGUGGCGCUUUGCCACAAGGCUCCUCCGGCACUCUCUGGGAUUCCUCCUCCCGCUGACAAUCAUGCUGGUCUGCUACGGCAUCACUAUCUGCCGACUCCUGCAGACACGCAGCUUUGAGAAGCAGAAAGCUAUGAAGGUGAUUGUGGCUGUGGUGCUGGCUUUCCUCAUCUGCUGGAUGCCCUACCACUUGGUGAUAAUCGGUGACACUCUGAUCAGGUUCAAAUUGGUCACUUACACCUGCGAGGUCCGCAACUCCAUCAGCCUUGGCAUCUUCAUCACCCAGAGCCUGGGUCUGCUCCACAGCUGCAUCAAUCCCAUCCUGUACGCCUUUGUGGGGGAGAAAUUCCGCCGGAACUCCCUCAAGCUGCUUCAUAAAUGGAGAUUGGUGGAACGGGGUUCCAAGUCAGUGUUCAGCAGGUCAACUUCUCACUCCUCAGAAACGAACAAUAUGAUGAUAUAAACAGGUGGUCCUCUUCUUAUGGAUGCGUAAUAAUACAAACCUGUAUAUUGCACUGGCUGGCAACCACUAAAGAGGAGUGAGAGUAAACUAAUGUAUUCUUCUUGUUGUUUUGAAUCCAUUUGUAUCAUUUUCUGUAUCAGUCAUCAAAUCAUGGUGACUUUUUAAAACACAGAAGUUACAACUUCUCUGUGACUACAGUGAUGUCCCCAAUUGCUUUUUGCUAAACCAGAACAUAACUAUUAAUUUGUUCCCCAGUACAGUGUCCAUUUUAGGACAUCCUCAAACAUCACCCCUCCUCGAGUCAGGCAUUCCUCCUCAAGAUAGUUGUCAGGUAUCAGGCAUCAGUCC